AUGUAUGACCACGGAUCCAUGUUCAUCCUGAUCAUUGAUAGCUGUCUUCGUUACGAGAAACUCUUCGGCCACUAUGUCGCCUGCCUCUUCUGCGGCUCUUUCGCACUGUGCAUCUCUCUCCUAGCAACACAAUUCUACUAUCGAUACAUUGCAGUUUGCCAACCUAGUAAACUCGGAAAGUUGAAUGGAUGGAGAUUAUGUCUUCUAUUCAUCCCUUCCAUAUUUUUCUUCUUUUCUUGGUUCUUUCUUGUCUUUUUUGGAAUGAAGAAAACCGAAGGAAAAGUAGAAUAUGCCAGGGAAAUUAUUCUGGAGGUUUACAAAGAAGACAUCUCUGAAAUAGCAUUCAUUGCUCUUCAAUUCUGGGAUACUGACUCGGAUGGGAGCAAAACUUUCCGAGUGUCGGAUUGGUUGAGCUACUUAGGAUGUUUGUCGAUAAUUGGAUCCUGUUUUUCCACUAUUCUGUUUUGCGCUGUAAAAAUAUAUUUCAAAUUGAAAUGCUCCCAAAAUGUUAUGAGCUCGAAAACUCAGGAACUGCACAGUCAGCUUCUCAAAACAUUGAUUUUUCAGACCGCUCUUCCAUUCUUCACAAUGUAUAGUGUUGUAGGAACUAUCCUAAGCCUUCCAAUUUUUGAAAUCGGAGUCGGAUUGAUAGCGAACUUGUGCGGAUCUGGCGCGUGUGUAUAUCCAGCACUGGAACCACUGAUUGCCAUGUAUUUUGUGAAGGAUUUCAAAAAUACGUUGAAAUGUAAAUCAAAAGUUGAAGUCGCAGUGGCCAACAUCGAGAUGCAAAAACCUCCAUAUAACUCUCUAAGAAGUUCGUUAGUGCUCAUCAAUAAAUCUCUGACUUGA